UAUUUCGCGUGUUUCAUUUAAAUCCAAAAUCUUUACAUCAUGCACUUUGGUUCGAUUUAGGGCUUCUGAUCAUGAAACUGAUUCUCCAUUCUGAUUGUUUCGUCGACAACAGUUGAUGCGACCGAUCAAGAUUCUUACUCAAGGAACGGAUAUCCAGACUGACCGCUAUAAAAGCACUAGAUAAUGUUGCGUCUGCACAAACUCCAUACGCCCCGUCCAGAUAUGACCGUAGUAUCAAAUGAUCCCGCUCAGUGGCCGUUUAUCAGUUACUUCAAUCUUUCCAGCUAUUUUAUAGUUGUGUCUUCUGCUGUAGUGGUUUACGAUUGGGCAUUAACAUUUGAACAAGAAUUCGAACUAGUCUGGAAACAACACUGGUCCUUCAUCACCAUUCUUUAUGUUUGUGUGCGCUACAUCGGACUAUCAUACUCCCUGAUCAACGUAUUAUGGCAUCUCCCAGUCUCGAUAACAGACAUUGUGGGCUUUAUCGCUUACUUCAUAUGGACAUGGAUACCUGUCGUCGUCGAUGUUAUGCUGGGCGUCAUAAUGAUGAUUCGGAUACAGGCGAUGUAUGGACGAUCCAAAAAGAUGCUCAUCUUUCUCGUUAUAGUCCUGCUGACUUCCACGGUCGCUGCCGGCAUUACGACAGUCAUGGGAAACAUCGGUAUUUCAGUGGAGGAAUUCGUCUUUUCUGGCUACCAUAUGUGUCUUUUCUCAACUGAUGACCUAGACAAAGUGAAACUGAAUGAUGAGAGUGUGGUACCCACAGCUAUAUGGGAGAUCCUCGCCUUCGUUCUCGCAGUCUGGGUUAUCAUAAAACACUUUCGCGAGCUGCGACAAUUCCCGACAAGAUCGACCAUUGGGGACUGUUUUACGGUGUUAAUUCAAAGUCACACGUUUUACUUUGUAGCAUUUGCUAUUGUAGCUUGCUUGAACCUAGGCUCACUGUCUACAUAUAUCAUGUUCUCAUCGUCUGUGGGAAGUAGUUAUUAUAUUGGUAUUUCCCAAAUCGUUCAGGAGUUGCAGAUGUUUGUGCUGGGACCGCGUUUGGUCCUCAGCAUUCGCGAAUAUCACUCGAAGCUUUUGGCCAGGUCCGACGAGGGAACAGCCAUGACGACCAUUCAUUUCCAGGCUGGUGGUGAUGUGUUGUCUGGCGGAGAUGUUUAGUACGGUGAUCAACCCCGGUUAUUUGGAGUUUUGUUGUGGUAUUUAUUUGGUGGUUUGGAGGUUUGAAUUAGGUUUGAAAACCACUGCCAUGCUGUAUUACUUAUUAGAAUUAUCUACCCAGCCAUCCAUGAAUGAAACGUCUUGCGAUCAUUAUCAAUGCAUGCGGGUAGCGCAGCCUGUUGUUGUUGACAUUGUCCACAAUGUUUAAAAUGAUUUUGUCGCCACGGGAUUCAUUCUCUCGCUCUAUGGGAUGACAGUGAAUGGGUUUCACAGUAGCUGGAAUGAAUAGACUUGACGAGUCAUUUCAAAGUCAUUUGCACGUUGUGAUACAAUGAACAAGCU